AUGCCGCACAUACUUCAAAUGCGCCGCGUCUCACAGCGCCAUUGCGAAUCGCGUAAGCUGAUUGUGCCGAUUGACGACAGGCUGUUGUCGGAUUUCUUUUUUCCGAACGUAGGAGGCGUUGAAGGCCAUAUGUAUAUGAUCGGACAGCAACUAAUUCGUCGUGGUCACAAGGUGAUUGUCGUUACACAUGCCUAUGCACCGGAUCGUGUAGGUGUGAGAUACCUAGCAGCAGGGAUGAAAGUCUAUUACGUGCCUUAUGCUGUGCUUGUUCGUCAGGACACGCUGCCAAAUUUUUUUGGACUGAUGCCCGUACUUCGAACUAUCCUGAUUCGCGAGCAGAUUCAACUUGUACACGGACACCAGGCACUUUCAAGUAUGGCUCAUGAGGGACUCUUCCAUGCCAAAUGCUUGGGUCUCAAAGCCGUGUUUACUGAUCACUCUCUGUUCGGCUUUGCCGAUGUCGGCAGUAUAUUGACAAACAAGUUGCUGAAGUUUGCCCUUGCUGAUGUCGAUCAUGUGGUGUGUGUAAGCCACACAGGGCGUGAAAAUACCGUUCUUCGCGCCUCGUUGCGACCCGAAAACGUGUCCACGAUCCCAAAUGCUGUAGACGCUCAACAGCUGUUUCCGGACCCAACAUCCCAUGCUAUCAAGGAUAUAUGUGUUGUCGUGCUUAGUCGCCUCAUGUAUCGCAAGGGCAUCGACUUGCUUCUGGGCGCGAUUCCCGUACUCUGUGAACGCCACUCCGACAUCCGCUUUGUCAUUGGUGGUGAUGGACCGAAGUAUGUGGAGCUUGAGCAAAUGCGCGAACGAUACAUGCUCCAGGACCGUGUGGAAUUAGUCGGAGCCGUACGACAGCGCGACAUCCGCACGCAUCUGAAUCGUGGACAACUCUUCCUCAACACAUCAUUAACAGAGGCGUUCGGUACAUCAAUCAUCGAGGCCACCUGUGCCGGCUUGUACAUUGUCACAACCAAAGUGGGUGGCAUUCCUGAGUUGUUGCCUUCGUCAAUGAUGCGACUCGCUGAGCCAUGCGUGGAAUCAAUAGUCAGCGAAAUGUCACUAGCGAUCGAGUACCUCCGCACAGGGCAACACGAUCCGCAUGAACAACACUACAAGGUGGCUUCUAUGUAUUCGUGGUCUGAAACAACACGAAGACUAGAGACGGUAUAUGCUCGGGCCAUGGCGUCUCCGAACCGGUCAGUCACGGAACGGUUCGAACGCUAUAUGUCUAUCGGCGGGCCGAUAGGUGGACCCAUCAUAUGUCUUGUUGUGGCUGCACAAAUGAUAAUCGCUCUUGCACUAGAAUGGCUAAUUCCCGAGGCGUCCAUUCCUCGAGUUCCAUAG